AGUUGUGUAGACAACAUGAUAACCUUAGGACUACAUAGAUUUCUGGCUUUACAAGCAAUGGCAUUUCAUACUAAAAGCUCUAUUCUGGCGAUGCUUAUAAUCUUUGCUGUAGUUUUAUCUCCUAUGUUGCCAUCUAUCGAAGCUCGAGUGACUCAACAAGAACUUAUUGGGAAAGGACGUGUAUAUUGUCCUGCCUGCGUAUGUUGUGAACCUCCACCACCGGGCUCGUGUUGCCGUUGUGGCUGUGCUUCUCCUGUCCAGACUCAAUCUGAAACUGGUUCUCCGUGAAGCAAGCACGUACAUCAUAUUUAUCAGUUUUAAGGCACUUCAACAUCAAUUCAGCAUAAUGUUUUUUAGAAGAUAUAUAACUAAUGAAGUGUUUGGAUAUUUUAAUUACCAUAAUUUUCUUUUUAGUAUUUGAAUAAUAAUGUGUGUAUGUCACCAUGUUGGAAUAAAGAAUAAAAGGUGGACUUUCUCCUCUUAACCGCA